AAGGUAAUUGAAACUAACCUCAAGUUUAGCUCUUGCUUCUAUCUUAACUGGUCUGAUUAUUGCUCAUUUAGCCAUCGGAGUGUCUACCCCGAGGAGCAACCUCGGGGCUUUACAGGUGAACAAGGAUGUAUUUGAUUGGAACUUGGCGAACAUGCCUGGAAUUCCAACUCAGUUGCAAUGCACAAGCUAAACACCAACCCCUUGAAGAAGCCCGUAACUUAGAAAAGACGCAUAUUCAAAAAGGAGAGCUACAAGCCAUUAAGGAAGAGGUGCACAAACUUUUACAAACGAGGUUCGUGAGAAGGGUAGAUUAUUGUGAAUGGGUUGCUAAUUCUAUUCUGGUGAAGAAGUCAAAUGGAAAAUGGUGGAUGUGCAUUGCCUAUACCAAUCUCAAUGAUACUUGCCCCAAGGAUUACUAUCCCAUGCCGAGUAUAGACAAGCUAGUAGAAGCUGCCUCAGGGAAUGAAAGGCUAAGUCUCUUAGAUGCUUACUCGGGGUACCAUCAAGUUCACAUGGCACCCGAGGACGAGAUUGGUAGGAAUCUUGAAGUUUACGUAGAUGACACAGUAGUUAAAAGCCUAAACGUAGAAGACCAUCUAACUGACCUUGUAGAGACAUUUGACAAUCUGAGGAAGCACAACAUGCGGUUGAACCCCACAAAGUUCAUCUCUAAGCCAGUAGACAAAUGCUUGCCUUUCUUCAAAAUCUUGAGGUCUACAGCCCACAAAGGUGAAGCGAGGAAGCCCAAGAAGUUUGAAUGGACUUUUGAGUGUCAAGUGGCCUUCAACGAGCUCAAGACAUACCUAAGUUCACCACCUCUACUAACCAAAGCUGAAGAAGGAGAGAUUCUUUACCUCUCCCUUGGGAUAUUUGACACAACAAUAAGCUCCAUUUUGGUUAGAGAAGUGGGAAAGCAACAAAAGCCAGUAUAUUAUGGCAAAGUGUUACAAGGGGCAGAGCAAAGAUAUGAGCACACACCGAAGUUCAAUUUCAAGGCAACAAAUAACAUGGCCGAGUAUGAGGCACUACUCCUUGGACUCCGUUUAGCAACUGAACUCAAGGUUAGAUCUCUGCAAGUAUACAAUGAUUCCCAGCUUAUGGUCAACCAGGUGAAUUCUACAUGUGAGGUCACAGAUCCUACCUUUGUAAAGUACAUAGUUGUAGUUUUUGAAUUAAGGUGUCAUUUUGAGAGAUUCCAGCUCACUAAGGUCUCAAGAGUAGAGAAUGAACAUGCAGAUUCCUUGUCAAAGUUAGCCUCUGACAGCUCUGGUGGAGUGAGAUAUGUUUAUGUCGAAAUCCUCAAUGAGCCGAGCUUCCAAAUGUCGAAGGUGAUGGAGAUCAGUUCUGAUCCUAAAACUCCCAACUAGACAAACCCCAUCAAAGCUUACCUUUGAAAUGGAACUGUCCCAAAUAGUAAACAAGAAGAGAUGAAGUUGCGAAGAAAGGCAUCUCAAUACACCUUAAUUGAUGAC